GGGGACACACUACUGGAAAAGGGUGUGUGAUGUGCGGGCCGCUUAUGGUGAAGCUACAAUCACCGCCGAGCUAGCCAACACAGAGCUUGCAGACGACGGUGUGGCUGACUGGCUGGCAUGGCUGCGAGGUCACCCUGAGUUGAAGCAGACGGACGUGGAAAGCGUGAGCCUUCCAAUGCUGGACCUGUCGAACAACAGGCUAACUAGCCGCGGCAUUCGUUCCAUCUGUGCAUUCCUGGAAGAGCACUCCGUCCGUGUGGACGAGAUGAAGUUCAACCACAACGAAGUAGACGACGAAGGCCUGUAUCGGAUUGCCCAAUACAUCACUUCGGAGUCCGCUCCAGUAACUGCGCUGCACCUUUGUUCGAAUCAGAUCAGCAUUCUUGGCGUGUUCAAGCUGCUGACAAUGCUGUCGCUUCAUCCAAUGUAUCCUUUGGAGACCAGCCUGCACGGGAAAGCUUCGUUCAUACCCCUGUGGCUGCAGCUUGACAACAACAAUAUCACCGAUGAAGACCUGCAAGACUUCCUCGACUGCCAGUUGCGUGAGUUGGGCUGCGCUAUCUGCCUAGUAGGCAAGCAUUGCUCACAGUGGGCUUGCCAAUGUGUGAAGCAGAUUAAGAUGGAUGACAGAAAACACAAUGUUGUGCUACACCUCUGUCUGCGCACGCCAGACCAGCCGCCACCAGAUUCCAAAGUUCUCCAGGCGGGGCUGGCUGCCGCCGGUCGCAGCGCUCACAGGAUCUUCCAGCCCCCGAGGUCGCUGACCUGCCGGCAAGAUUGGCUGCAGAAGUCGAGCACACCAGGGUCCAGGGCGGUGCGGACGGAGCCGAAGUUCCUGUACGAAGAUGCGCACUUCAUGGUGAUGCUGAAGCCAGCGGGGUGGCACUGCAGUCUCGGCCACGGUGCCACAGGUUUGGCAGCCAGUGUCAAGACCAUGAGCACUGACAACAGGAAGGCGAAAGCUGCCAACCUCCUCACUCAAAGUGAUCCACCGCCACUACACGACUACAUCAUCCUGCGAUUUGGUGAGGUUGGAGGCAGUGGAAUGAAGGAGGUCAUGAAUGAUUCCAAGCUGUACGGAAUGGUCCACAGGCUGGAUCAAGGCACAUCUGGUCCGCUUCUGAUUGCCAAGAACCAGAUUGGCUUUGACUUCGCCAAGACGAAGAUUGUCAAUCAGGAGUACCAGCGUGACUACCUCGCCCUCGUCCAUGGCACCUUCGGGCGGGACGCGUUGCACGGCCAUGGGCCCACUGGCCUCAUCCAGGCGCCGGUCGACAGAUCCAUGUACGACUGGACUCGACGAUGUGUGAUCAGUGAGAACGGGCAGCCAGCCUCGACCCUCUACGAGCGCAUCGCCGAGUACGAGAGUCGAGAUCGUAAGGCACGCUACACGUUGCUGCACUGCCGGCUGCUGACCGGACGAACUCAUCAGAUCCGGGUGCAUAUGGAGUACAUCGGCAUGCCUCUGGUCGGGGAUCGCCAGUGUCUUGAAUUGAAUGGGAAGCAUGGGGCAGAAUUGAAGUCUCUCACCUGA